AGAGGCUGCGACUCGACCCCGCUCUAGUUGUGGCCCCGAGAAGCCCCGCCACGAUGGAGGACGAUGGAGAUGUCGAGAUCACCGGCGGCUCGGGCGUCAACGCCCUUCGUGACAUGCCGCACCCGCGCCACGACUGCGUGGUGCACAAGUGGCCGCAAGGCCCGCCCGCGCAAAAUAAGGACGCGUGCAAGCAGUUCUGCGCCAAGUGCUUUUGCUUCGUGUGCGACAUCGAGGCGAGCCGGUGCGAGCACUGGGACCAGCACUGCCUCGCCGACGGCUCUGUCGAGUGGCUAAAGAAGCGCCAGCAGCGCCAACGCACGGAGGAGGCGAGGCGCAAGGGCGCCCAGGCUGGGUACGUGCCGCGCCCCGCCGACGAGAUGCGGCGCUCGUUUGCCGAGGCGGCCAACGAGGAGAACCGCCAGCAGGACAUGUCGCAGGACGAGGAGGCGGCGGCGCAGGUGCGGGAGCAGGCGGCGGUCGAGGACGAGGACGCCGAGGAUAUGUUCACCGCGACGUACGAGCCCUUCCACUUCAAGCGCGGCCAGCCGCACCCGGACCCGGUGGUCGAGACGACCUCGCUCUCCUUCGCGGAGCCGCCUCCGAUCAAGUACGACCUCAACCUGCCCGACGGCAUCUUCGAGCCGCGCGACGAGCUCGACAACCCCGCCGGAGGAGCGCUCUCCAACCUCCAGCUCGAGACGGUCGCGUACGCGUGCCAGCGGCACGAGUCGAUCAUGGCCAACGGCUGCCGCGCCGGCUUCUUCCUCGGCGACGGCGUCGGCCUCGGCAAGGGGCGGCAGCUCGCCGGCGUGAUCGUCGAGAACUGGCUGUGCGGUCGCAAGCGCCACCUGUGGGUCUCCGUCUCGGCCGACCUGAUGGAGGACGCCAAGCGCGACCUCAAGGACAUCGGCUUCUCGCACAUCGAGGUGAAGAACAUCACCAAGCUCGACUACGGCAAGCUCGACAAGAAGGGGCCCAAGGGGAUCCGCGAGGGCGUCGUCUUCGCAACCUACUCCGCGCUCGUCUCGAGCCAGCGCGGCGGCAAGACGCGCGCCGCGCAGAUCGCCGAGUGGCUCGGCGGCGCCCAGGCCGAGGGCUGCAUCCUCUUUGACGAGUCGCACAAGGCCAAGAACCUCGCGCCAGAGAAGAACGAAAAGGGCAAGCCGACCACCAAAAAGUCGUCCAAGAUGGCCCUCACCUGCCAGAAGCUGCAGGCCGACUGCCCGCGCUCGCGCGUCGUGUACUGCUCCGCCACGGGCGCCUCGUCGCUGCAAAACAUGGCCUACAUGGAGCGGCUCGGCCUGUGGGGCGCCCACACCGCCUUUCCCGACUUCAACGCCUUCGACAAGGCCAUCGGCGGCGGCGGCGUCGGCGCGAUGGAGCUGAUCGCGCUCGACCUCAAGCGGCGGGGCAUGUACCUCUGCAGGCAGCUCUCCUUCUCGGCCGCCUCCUUCGACACCAAGAUGGUCGACCUCACGCCGCGGCAGGAGAAGAUGUACGACGAGGCGGCGGCCUUCUGGUCGGAGCUGCUCUGCGCGUUCAACUACGCCGUGCACGAGGCGUUCGGCCCCCCCCCGCGCGGGGGAGCCGCUAGUUCUAGAGCGACGCGGCGUGAGGUGCUCAACCUGAAGGAGGUCAAGGGGCCGCCGAACCCGACGACGGGCAAGCCGAAGCCGCACCCGUCCUCGCGCGUGAUCGGGCACUACUGGGGCUGCCACCAGCGCUUCUUCCGCUCGCUCUGCAUGGCGAUGAAGGUGCCCGAGCUGGUCAAGAUGGCCAAGGGGGCGCUCGCAGACAACAAGUGCGUGGUGGUGGGGCUGCAGACCACGGGCGAGGCGCGGCUCAACGACGCGGUCAAGUCGGGCGAGGACCUGGAGGAGUUCGCCGGGAUGAAGGAGUGCGUCCGCUUCCUGCUCAAGAAGUUCCCCACCGGCGACUACACCAACCAGCACCCAGAGUCGGACCUCGACGACGGCGACGAGUCGGACGACGACGACCUGACGCGAGAGGUGGCGGGCGCGACAUCGCGGGUCAACGCGGGCAAGGUCGCCCGGGCGGCGGUCAAGCGGAGCGGCCGGCUCGCGAAUGGCGGACGCGGCAGCGACGAGGAGGGCUCGGACGACGAGGACGACGACCUCGACGGCUUCAUCGUGCGGGACGGGCAGGAGGAGGAGAGCGAGGACGAGGACUACGAGGCGACGGACGAUGAGGAGGGUGACGGCGAGCAGGUGCGGCUGCCCGCCGCCUGCAAGAAGAUGCCGGCGGGCCAGCUGCGCCAGCUGCUGCGCGCGGCCAAGAUGAACGACCAGCAGUGCACCGGCCGCGCCAAGCUGGUGGAGCAGCUCAAGCAGGUGGAGCGGCAGGCGCGCAGCAGCGGCGGGCAGCGCGUCGCCGACCUCCUCGCGAAGGCGGGCCUCGGCGGCAGCAAGCGGCCCUCGCCCGACUCGGCUCAGGCGUCGGGCCGGCCCAAGCGGCGGCUGCAGCGCGGCGCGGAGAAGAAGAGCUACAUCGAGCUCUCUUCCGAGGAGGAGGAGGAGGAGGAGGAGGACGUCGAGAUGGGCGAGGCGGAGACCGGCGACUACUUCGUCGGCAAGGAGCUCUCGAUCGAGCAGGAGGGGGGCGGCCGCCGCGUGGCCACCGUCGUGGCGCACUACCCGAGCACCGGCCACCACCGCGUGCGCUACGCUGACGGCGGCGGCGGCGCCGAGGACAGGGUGCUGCUCAAGGAGGUCAAGUGGGACUACCACCGCAAGCAGGCGGCGCCGGGGGCGAGCGGCGCGCGGCGGGCGGUGCAGGACUCGGACUCGGAGGCGCUCCCCGAGGCGGCGCGUGCUCGGGACCUGCUCGAGGCGGCGUGCUCGGGCGCGUCGGAGAACGCGCCGCCGCAGAGGUCGAGCAAAGGCAAGGCGCGCAAGAGCGCUGGCAAGGCGCGGCGCGUGGCCGCCGACGAUUCGGACGCCUCCUGGAGCGGCGGCUCCGGCGACGAGGACGAGGAGGAGGUGGCGCGCCCGACCAACCGCGCGAGCCGCUCCAAGUCGCCGCUGCCUGCGCCGACCAAGUCGGCGGCGAAGCCCAAGCCCAAGCGGCGCAAGAGCUACGGGUCGGACGACGACUUGCUGUCCGAGUCGGAGGAGGAGGAGGAGGACCUCAGCUGGGCGCAGCACAGCAACCCUGCCGAGAUCAAGAUGCUGCAGCGGCUCAAGAAGCAGCUCGUGCGCAAGCUGAACGCGCUCAAGAUGCCCGACAACCCGCUCGACAAGCUCAUCGAGGAGCUCGGCGGCGCCGAGUCGGUCGCCGAGCUCACGGGUCGCAAGGGGCGGCUCGUGCGCGACGAGGAGGGGCGCACCGUCUACCAGAAGCGGAACGCGAACGAGGUGGACUCCGACACGGGGCGGAUGGUGGCGAUGGAGCGCAUCAACCUCGCGGAGAAGAAGGCCUUCAUGGACGGCCGCAAGCUCGUCGCCAUCAUCUCUGAGGCGGCCUCGCGAUGCAUCCAGCAGUGCGGCCGCACGCAUCGCUCCAACCAGAUCCACGGGCCGGAGUACCAGCUGUUCAUGACGGCCUGCGGCGGCGAGCGCCGCUUUGCGUCGACGGUGGCCAAGCGGCUGCAGCAGCUCGGCGCCAUCACCAAGGGGGAUCGGCGCGCUGCCGACGCGUCGGACCUCUCGAUGUUCGACGUCGACACCAAGUGGGGCAAGAAGGCGUACGACGAGCUCAUCGAGCUGCUCAGCAACCCGCUCUUCUCGUCGACCCGGCCGCCGCCGCCGUACGUGCGCCGUGCGCUCGGGCUCAAGGCGAACGACGAGCUGCACGCGCGGUGGAAGGAGUACCUGGACGACGCCGAGGAGGCGGUCGCCUCGGUCGGCAUCAACACCGACGACAAGGGGAGCGUCAAGGGCUUCCUCAACCGGCUGCUCGGCAUGUGCGUCAAGAUGCAGAACAAGGUUUUCGACCACUUCAUGGCCAUCCUGGAGGAGAAGGUGCGCGUCGCCAAGCAGAACGGCGAGUUCGACGACGGCGUCGUCGACAUCCGCGGCGAGUCGGUCAAGGUCGCAGCCAACUUCCCUCGCGAGAUGAAGAAGGACCCGAUCUCGGGCGUGCCGCUGCUGCACUUCAAGCUGGACGUCGACCGCGGCCUCUCCUUCAAGCGCGCGAUGGAGAUGCUGGACGAAAAGGCAAAGUCGAACGAGACGGGCAAGCUCUACCCGAGAGAGGGAUUCUACGUCUCGAAGCGGCCGCUUAUUGGCCGCGAGAAGGAGGGGCCCAACGGCGUCAAGGCGCUCGCCUUCCUGAUCCAGCGGCCCAUGAGCGCGUUUGCCGUGCCGAGCACGUACAUCCACACGUACGGCAUCCACCGCCCAAACACGGGGCUUGGGGCGACGGACAGCUUUGAGAGCUUCACCGAAGGCAUCACACCGCGCUUCUCCAAGCUGACGCCCGAGGCCGCCAAGGACAAGUGGGAGGCGCUCUACCGCGACGGGCUCCGGAUGUGCAGCCACGGCCCGAACUGCAAGCACGGCUCGAGGUGCACGGUCGGCAAGCGGGUGCAGCAGCAGCACCUGAUCUGCGGCGCGGUGAUCCCAUUCUGGGCGGUCAUCAAGGAGCACCUCGAGUAUCAGAAAAAGGGCGGGCGCGACGGCAGCCUCCAGAUGGUCAAGGUGAUGCGUAUCGUCCGCGUGCGCUGCGUGGGCGCGGACGGCCGCGAGCAGCGGCUUGUCGGCGUCGAGAUCUCCGACAAGGGCGUGGCCAAGCUCGAUGCCGCGCUCAACAAUCAGCCGGCGCCGCAGGACGUCAAGCCCGACGUCAAGCCCGACCUGCACCAGCUGGGCCGGGGCGGCGCCUCCUCCUCCUCGUCGCACGGUGGCGGCGCCUCCUCCUCCGACGUCAAGCCGGACGUGCGCGGCUUGCGCGUCGGCGCUCACGUGAUGGUGCACGGCCUCGCGACGGACGCGGGGAAGAAGCUCAACGGCAAGCGCGGCAAGAUCGAGCGGUGGGACGCGGCAAUGCAGCCGUCCGGCCGCUGGAUCGUCAGGAUCGACGGCCAGCAAGGCACGAACGCGCUGCAGGCCAAGAACCUGGGGGCGCUCUGACGGGCGGCGCGAGAGCUCCGCCGGCGCGCGCCGCCGCUCUCUGACGCGCCUUUUGCAAAGGGCCGCGUAUGCUACGUGGAGGCCUCUCUUGCUCUGCGGGGAGCAUGUUUUUGUUCCCCCGCUGUCGGGGGAGGCGGGGCGGCGGUCUGCCUGUCUCUCCCGUCUCCGACUCUGACACUCUGUACCCCGCGGCGAGCCAUCGAUUGUUCUUUUCGUGUUCUCUUCUACAGUCGUGCGCGUGGAAUG